AAGUAAUUCGUUCCAUUGAACGAAUCGUUCACUCACGAGCCAACACUAUCGGACGCGAUCGAAGUUUGUUAGUUGUUGCCAUAGCGACCACAUGUUUAUUUCAGCGGCUUUAGCAAGAGGUAUAUGUCAUUUGUUUUCCUGCAGCUACGAGACAAAAAGGAUGUCUACACGGGGAAAGAAUGUCCAUCUGAUCGGUGGAUCAACUGUGGAGGGUAUUAAUAUCAUACGUAACCACUCCAAGCUCUUCCGAGGAGAAUGCACGAGACUGAUCGAGGACUGCAACAAAUCUUGCAAGCGCCUGGAAGAUGAUGACAGCGAGAGGCUGAAUCAUCGCGUCCGAGACAUUCAGUUUGUGAAGAAGGAGCUGGAGCUGAAGUUGGAGGAGAACGUUUUGGAGACGGAUCAACUUAUUGCACUGCAAAGCAGAGUGAUGAAAGCCGUCGAGCUUUGCAAGGAGCCUAUCAAAGUCACUAUGGAAUGUAUAGAUGAGAGAAAUAAAUCCCAUGAAAAGUUGUAUGAUGAAGUAUACACAGAGCUGCUCAAGGAGGCUGACCUCAGCAAGGGAAUUAUGGCCCUUAUGCAGCGUGUCGUGAAGCAGAUCGUUGAGCAAAUACGAUUGAACCAGUCGGCAAAAUUCCAACUUGAACAGGAUCUUAAGGGGAAAUAUAUGGCGCAGAAUGUAGAUACCUCCUGUGCCUCAAUGACCUCACAUUCCCUCAUCAACACACAGCAAAGUUUAAAAGUCCAGACGGUUUCCUCCAGUUCCUCUGUGACACCUGUACAGUGGGGGAAGAAAUCUGAUCUUAACAUCGCUAAAGCAGAGCAGCAGAAGAAAAACUCGGUGUCCCUGAGGGCCCUGGUGGAGUCUCUACUGGCGCAGACUUCCGGUGAUAUGCAAAAGCAGUUUGCGGCAACAUCAGCAGCCUUUCAAUUUAGUGUCAAACAGCUCAAGGCUGUCAAAACCCAGAUGGAAGACCAACUCGCCAAGGUUGUUUCAGAGUUCGCCUUCCAGCAGAGAACCCGAGAUGAUCUACUGGUGGCGAUCACACAGAAUGAGCAUUUUCUAAGUUUGGCGAAGGCGAGGCUGGAUUUGCGUCAGGACAGGCCCCCAAAAGAGCAAUGUCAUGAUCCAGCACAAUCACAGCUCCUUGCCGAAGUCGGACCGCUAAAAUGUCAAAUCGAAAAGUUGCAUGAGACGGUGGAGCAGUCAGAAGAGCAACAGAGGGCGCUGGUCCGCUGCCAGCGGGAGCUCCAGCAGAACAUUGAGAUGAAGGCCAGACUCCUCUAUGUUGAUGAGUUCAUCUGCAGCCAGCUCAGAAAGCCUUUUGUCAUACACAAAUUCUGACAUGCUUCAUUUUGUUAAAAUCUAGUUAUCAAAACCUUUUUUCUGAGAGUAAAGUUAUCAAUAUAUAUUUGUUACGUAACGUUUGUGUGUGAUACUAUUCCGGUCCCAUUUUACAGUAAUGGACCAAUUAAAAUGUUUAUUACUUUUGUUAACAUGUAAGACUUAAAACGCAGUUAAACCAAUUAAUAGUGCUCACCACCAAGACAGCUGAAAUCCCAUUUCUAAAUGUUGAUUUAUUUCAUAAGGACUAUUUUCAGUGGCAAACUAUAAAUUCUCAUUUGUAGUGUAUUUUAAAGGAUAGACGUGGGCGACAUGGCCAAUCAGGUUCAUAAACACGAUAUUCUUGUUUUGGUGCAUGCAGCUGUAUGCAGAGUGACAAGCUGCAUGUUUAUUCAACCGUAUAAACUGUGGUUGAACUGGGUACGGCUGAUGGUGUAGUGAUACACUCAUCUGUUGGCUUCACCAACGAGUUAUGUGUGUUGAGUUGCAGAAACCUAUCAGGUUUUCUCAUUUGGCCAUGUAAGCCCGCAGGAAAUGGACUUGAGUUAUGUAAUGUUAAUGGAUUUGUGUCCAUCCAGUUUUCUGUCUGUUUUACUGCCUGCAAAUGACCAUUCAACAUGAACAGGCAUCUGGGGUUAAAUGCAUGUCCGUGAUGAAACAUUUUGCGAACCGGCCAGUUGUCAAUGUGUCAAAAUGAAGGCAACGUUUACGCAGGGCCACAGUUCCCGAUGGGCAUAUAAUACACAGUGUAUCAGGGCGGUUGUGGUGAAGAGGCCUUUUCCUCUGUUCUCUGGGCAUAUUGCUUUUUUUUUCUGUCUUACAACAUCCUUCAGUAUUACUUUUAAAAUGUGGUAUUAUUUAAUAAAUUGGCGGGUGAGUCAAACCUACAAAAUGAUAUUUGUUGAGGUGAUUUUAAAAAUGUAUUUUACAGUGCAAUUUCAAACACCACAUAAUAAAACAACGCCGACGUGUUGAGAGGGUGCAAAUAGUUUUUAAGCGCUUUCCAAAAGCUUUGUUGAUGAUGUAGAGCAGGGGUGUCCAACUCAUUUUUUUCGCAGGCCGCAUUGUAGUCAUAGCUUCUUUCGGAGGGCCAUUAUGAAAGUGGGAUUUCAUACUAGAGUUAGGGUUUCAAAGAAGGGUUUAAAGCUAGGGUUAGGGCUUCAAAGUAGGGUUUCAGAGUAGGUUUAGGGUUUCAAAGUAGGGUUUAAAGCUAGGGUUAGGGUUUAAAAGUAGGGUUUAAAGCUAGGGUUACGGUUUCAAAGUAGGGUUUAAAGUUAGGUUUACGUUUCAAAGGAGGGUUCAUACUAGAGUUAGGGUUUCAAACUAGGGUUUAAAGCUAGGGUUAGGGUUUCAUAUUAGAGUAAGGGUUUCAAAGUAGGGUUUAAAGCUCGGGUUAGGGUUUCAAAUGAGGGUUAGGGUUUCAAAGUAGGGUUUCAUACUAGGGUUACGGUUUCAAAGUAGGGUUUAAAGCUUGGGUUAUGGUUUCAAAGUAGGGUUCAUACUAGAGUUAGGGUUUCAAACUAGGGUAUAAGGCUAGGGUUAGGGUUUCAAAGUAGGGUUUUUACUAUAGUUAGGGUUUCAAAGUAGGGUUUAGAGCUAGGGUCAGGGUUUCAAACUAGGGUUUCAUACUAGAGUUAGGGUUUCAAAGUAGGGUUUAAAGUAGGGGCAGGUCUUCAAAGUAGGGUUUCAUACUAGGGUUAGGGUUUCAAAGUAGAGUUUAAAGCUAGGGUUAGGGUUUAAAGUUAGGGUUACGGUUUCAAAGUAGGGUUUCAUACCUUACCUUGAUUUCCACAAGCAUACGCUCAAGUUGUUAUAUGAACCAACAGGGGCCACUGUUGUCCAACAAAAGCAAUAUAACCUCAACAACAAAACUCUACUACUUUUUGUUGUAAAAUCAGUGGGGUCCAAACGGAUACCAAUACCUGUGAGUAACAACACGUCAACAUGAGUAGAAUACAUAUUUUCAUUAUUUUGGUGCAGUGACAUUGCCACAUUAUAAUGUAAGUAUAGGUUGUAACAUAUGCAUUAAAGGAUGAGUCUGUUAUUACCAGCUGCCUUUGUGACAAUUACGUUUUCGACGUUGACAAUCUUGCAAAUCUAUUAAAGAAAAAUUCACGGAUCAAACCACAACUGUGUCUUUUGCCCUUCAGCUCUACGUUAAUGUGCAAUGCAAAAACCUCUGAAAUGUUACCAGUUGGACAUCCAUCCAGGAGUUCAAAACUUUUGACAAGGUCACUGCACACAUAGUGCACUUUAAGUUUAUCAUUUCACCAGAAAGCUUAGUAUAUGUCAAACAGGAAAAUAAAGUACACCAGAUAGUCGUAAAAAGUGGCUGGGCAGCCCAUCACUCAUCUGUGUGAGUGACUCAACACGAAUGUGUGACAUUUAUUUGUUUGUCUUCACACCACAUACGGAGGAUGCCCCUUGAGAAAUGAUCAUUCACGCGAGAGGGUCUGAGAAUUUGCAGACGGAAAUCAUGCUUGUUGAUCUCCACUGUACUUGCUUGAUGCAUCUCUAAAGUAAAUGCCCUUGCAAUUUUUUGUCAAUGGGGGUAAAGGUUGGGUCAUGCCCAUGCUGUUUUGUUUAUUUACAUCGGUCUUCUUGCCAAAGAUAUUCUGAUGCCCCUUAAAAGCUAUUUGGUGAUGGGUGGAGUGCUAUGAUUGCUGCCUCUGACAUGAAUGCCAUUCCUCGAGCCGCUUCGUUGCAUGUUGCGAUGACAGUUCUACAAAGCGACAAAAAAUGAUGCAUCUAUUUUAUUGUAUUCAGUUCAGUUCGGGACAGUAGGGUUCAAAUGAACUGUCAACUUUUCUGGUGAAUAAAGUUAUUUGUGUACUUUU